AUGGAGACCAUUGAAUAUUGCCUGUUUACCAUUUUUGGUGGCUAUGCAAUUCGGUCCAUAGCGUUUCCUGCAUUCAAUUUUGACGUGGACGUAAUUCAAGUCAAGAGACGUGUAACUAUGAAAGAAAUACUUGUCGUAUUUGUGUUUUGUUGCUGGCAUCUGAUACAAGGAUACGGGUAUUACAAAACAGGGGUUAUUAGGGAAUCAUGUUUAGAAAAUGAACUGGAAUCAGCCGUCAUCAACUCUGUAUCAACUGGUAGCAUCUACAUUCUCUGUAUUCCCUCACCGCCAUUUACCAAAAAAUGUAGUUAUCAAGAUAUUACAGUGAGAGGUUGGAGAUGCCCUGGCAAUUCUUUCCCGGAUGGGAGAGUGCGAUGUUAUCCAAAGGAAGUCGAAGAUAUAACAUUGGGUUCGAGAUGCACUGCCAAUUCACCUUUCCCGACUGGAAGAAUGCGAUGUUGUACAAAAAAAGGUUUGGAGAUUAAGAAGUGCAUUGUGGACCCAAACAUCAUUACCUUUGACAAAGACUUUGUAUUAGUUCCUCCCAAAGGGUUUCAUCUUAAGGGCCGACGUGGUGUGGGAAACCCGAACGAUCCAAUCGGUUAUAGGAUAGAAUUCUGUUCUCUGCGACCUCAACGACUUCAACAUUAAUAUCAACCACGAGUGCCAUCUGACGUCAUCACCAGUAAUCCGACCUCACCUUUGUGAUAUUAUUUACAGACGGAUGAC